AUGUGGACUCAUGGGCUUCUGGAUUUUUGGAAUGGCAGUUUCUGCCCUUUGGCUCGUUUCUGCCGCCUCAUGCGAAGGCAACGCGGCGGACCACAGACGGCGACUUUUGCCAGUUCUUCGUCGUUCCGCUUCAAGAGCAACAAAUCGAGAGACUCCCCGAGUUCAAGUGCGUCAAAAAGCAAAGGCACAAAGCUUCAAUCGCAUUCUACAGAUUCGAUCCCCGACCUCAACCAGUCUCCCCGCCACCUGCAUAUGUCACUUACACCAACGCAUGUGUACAUACAUAUGCAUAUGCAUGCAGAGUCAGUGACGUCCGUAUACAUACACAUAUAUAUAUAUAUAUGCUAUAUGCAUAUGAAUGUUUUCCUGCGCCUCGACCUACUUGGAGGAUCACUUCCAAGCUGCGUCGUGUGUAUUGACCUCUCUGCGGAGGACGGAAGGCCUCCGAGAGAGCGACAGACGCAAAGAUGCACAUGCGAGAAAAAAAGGGAUGUCCAGCAGAUCCAACUUUUGUGGUAG